AUGCCACAGGGUGAUGCGGUAGAUGCCGAGUCGUCCUCGAGAGAUGGCGCAGGGCUAUUCAAUACCACACCCGGAAAGGCAGGAGAAGACAAUGGCAACAACACUACCCAGCAUGCAUCACCGACCAGGUCGACGAAGAGUAGCCAGAGACUACACCAAUCUCAAGAGCUGACACCUCCACCGUUGCCGCCACGACCUCCGACAUCACAUGCGGGCUCUCUUCGGCUUUCGAAACAAUCGUCACGACCGCAGCUGCUGUCCCCGCCGACGACAGCACUAUCUUCGACCAAUGUGCAUUCCGUGACGCGGGGCGACCAUGAAAGUGUCCAGUCUUCUCCGACGACGGGGAAGGCGCUCUCCCGAAAACACAGUUUCACAUACUUCGCUCGCCUCCCGGGAAGUGGCAGCGAGGGCGAUGACUCUGCUAGCAUCAAGAGUUCGAUGCCCACUCUUGAUGCCCGAGUGGAUAACGAGAGUAUUCUGGGCGAUGUAGCGGGUGGCGAGACGAGUCCAGCAUGGAAAGCCUUGAGUGCUCAGGUUGAGAGGGACGACCCGUUCGAGCUCCUUUCGCCCGAAGACGAAGCUCUGAGCGAACAAGUACAGCACGAAUUCGAUGAAGUGGAGGCGGACGAGUCCAAAGGUCUAACCGAAGACGACGUUGCUACGAUCUGGAAGUCUAAGCUGAAGCACUUCUUCAUUCUCUCAGCAUCGGGCAAGCCCAUCUACAGCAGGCACGGCGACGACAAACUGAUCAGUCACUAUGUUGGCGUGGCGCAGACAUUGAUAUCAUUCUAUCAAGACGCCAAGGAUCCCUUGAAAGGGUUCACUGCAGGUGGCACCCGCUUCGUGAUGCUGUCGAAAGGACCGCUCAAUCUGGUGGCGAUAAGUCGCCUGCCAGAAAGUGACUCGCAACUGCGAAGCCAGCUGGAGGCACUAUACAUGCAGAUCCUAUCGACCUUGACAUUACCCAGCAUGGAGAAAAUGUUCAAGCAGCGAGCAUCGACCGAUUUGCGACGACCACUGCAAGGCACAGAUGCAUUGCUCGACGGCCUCGCAGAUGGCUUCACGCGAGGCUCACCCUCCACACUCCUCUCAGCUCUCGAGUGUCUCCGCCUCCGAAAUACGCAUCGCAGAGUCAUCAACAACACCCUCCUCAAAGUCCGCACACAGAACCUCCUCUACGGCCUCAUCGUAGCAGCGGGCCGUCUGGUCAGCGUAGUACGGCCUAAGAAGCACUCCCUGCACCCAGGCGACCUCCAUCUAAUUUUCAACAUGCUCUUCGAAGCCGGCAGUGUCCGAGCUGGAGGCGGCGAGAACUGGAUUCCACUCUGUUUACCCGGCUUUAACAACACCGGCUUCCUGUACAUGUACGUCAGCUUCUUCUCUACGUCCGAAGAAGCAAAAGAACCAGCAGAGGAUGAAGACAGAGAUGAGGAACUCGCUAUAGUUCUCAUCAGCGCUAAUAAGGAGGCAUUCUACGAAAUGCGCAAGAUGCGCGAUGAGCUCGUCUCGCAACUCGAGUCGAAUGGCCGUAUGUCCACCAUCAAGACUGCUAUCCGCCGUGGCCACGCUCCGACCUCUUCUAUCGUGCCUGGUACAGUCCUUCGGCACUUCCUGUACAAAUCUCGCGGCAAUGUGCAAUUUGUCAUGCCCUCUUUCGAACCGCACUUUGGAGGUCUGGUCAAUCGAAGAAGACUCAUGUCGCUGUAUCACCAAAUGCAUGAAUUGAUACACUCUAGGACGGCACAUCUGAAGGUGCAGCACAGCAUUGCUUCAGACUCGACAUCAUUGGCGUGGGAGACGCCGCUAUUCGAACUGUAUUGCGUUGCUGGGCCCAACGCUACGAGAGCUGAGCUGGCGCAAGGAGCUAACAAGGUUGUGCAGUGGAUCAGGAGGGAGCAGGAGAGGGUGUUCAUCAUUGGCGGUGCUGUGUUCUAG